AUGGAAUAUAAAGAAAAAGAAUUUAUACCAAUUAUAAUUUUAGACCCUGGUUCUUGGAUGAUAAAAAUUGGGUUUGCAAAUGAUGAUUUUCCAAAAUUUCAAAUCCCUUGUCUAUAUAUAGAAAAAACUUUUGUAAAUUCGAAAAUUAUAAAAUUUGGUGAUGAAGCUAUUGAAGAUUAUAUACUAAUUAAAUAUGCAAACAUCAAAGUUGAUAGAAAAGAAAAAAUUUCAGAUGAAAGUUUAGAUGAUAAGUUACUUAAUGUUAAAAUGAUUUUUGCUGAUCCUAGACAUCCUUUAAGCAAAAAUAGCUUUACUGAUCUAUUUGAAACAUAUAAUUACCUUUUAAAUAAAUUAAAUAUAAAGACGAAUGAUUAUAAUUUAUUAGUUGUGAUUCCUGAAACAAUUGAAAAGCUAUUUAUAUCAAAUUUAUUAAGUUGGGCUUUUAAAAAUCAUAAUUUUUUAUCAAUAUCAUUAAUUUAUAAUUCUUUAGCAGCAUCUUAUUAUUAUGGAUUAAAAACAGGAGAAUGUGGUAGUAGAAUAGUUCCAGUUGCUGAAAAUCAUGGUAUUUUCUUUGAUAGUAUGAGAAAUUGUGAAAUAGGAGGUUACUUAAUAAGUAAAUAUAUUUCCAAUUUUGUUAAGAUAAACGAUAAUUAUAUUGAUUACAUACUUAUUCAGAAUUAUAAAGAAUUAAAUAGCUAUGUAAGUCUAGAUAUAGACAGUAAUAUUAAAAUAACUACUGAAUGUAAUGGGUUAUCUAAACCAUAUAGAAUACCUUAUAGUAAUUUAUAUAUUGACCCUAAAGCAGAAAUAUUAAGUCAUGAAAUUUAUUUUCAGCCUGAAUUUCUAGCUCAUUUACCAGGAAACUUUUAUAAACAAAACAUUAUAUCAUUAAAUCAAAUAACUUUUGAAUCUGUCUGUUCAUGCCCAAUAGAUUUAAGAAAAAAUUUCUUAAAUAAUAUUAUUUUAAUUGGUGGAGUUUCUAACUGCAUUAAUAUGCGUGAACGGUUGCAUAUGGAAUUAAUGCAUAUAAUUAAAAGUAAAAACUAUAGCGAAAAUGUUAAAAUUAAUAUUAAACAAAUAAGAAUGUCUGAUAUGGCUUCAUAUUUAGGUUGCAAAAAAUACGGAAAAGUACUUUUUUAUAAUAAAAAUAAAUGGAUAACAAGAGAAGAAUAUUUCAAUUCAGCUAAAAAUCUAAUAAUACAAAAAUUAUUAACAUGGGCUAACGUUUUGUAG